AUGGCGGGGCUGAAGGAGGGUGUGAGGGGACCAGGCGAGUGUCCCAGCCCGGCGCGCGGCGGCGCCACCAGGCGGAAGAAGCCGCAGCGGCGGAACCGCACGACGUUCAACAGCAGCCAGCUGCAGGCGCUGGAGCGCGUGUUCGAGCGCACCCACUACCCCGACGCCUUCGUGCGCGAGGAGCUCGCCCGGCGCGUCAACCUCAGCGAGGCGCGCGUGCAGGUCUGGUUCCAGAACCGCCGUGCCAAGUUCCGCCGGAACGAGCGGGCCAUGCUGGCCAACCGCUCCGCCUCGCUGCUCAAGUCCUACAGCCAGGAGGCCGCCAUCGAGCAGCCCGUGGCUCCCCGGCCCACCGCCUUGAGUCCAGACUAUCUCUCCUGGACAGCCUCGUCCCCGUACAGCACGGUGCCGCCCUACAGCCCUGGAGGUUCAGGCCCCACGACCCCAGGGGUCAACAUGGCCAACAGCAUCGCCAGCCUCCGCCUCAAGGCCAAGGAGUUCAGCCUGCACCACAGCCAGGUGCCCACGGUAAACUGACGGCCAGCCCCCCAGCACCCAGCCGCCUCCCUGGUCUGACAACAACAGAAAAGAGGGCGGAUGCACAGAAAUGACCUUCUCCUGCCCCCCACCCCAUCCCCAGGACGGGCUGGUUGGGCUCUCCUGGCUUCUCUCUGCAGCUGGACUUCUAAGCCCGAGAGGCUGUGGGGGCGCCAGGAGUCUGGUGCAGCCCCUGUCCGCGGCUGCCGGAGACUGCGGCUCAUGCCCCAUGGAGGGGUGGCAGGAGGCGGAGCAGGAGCCCGCCAAGGACCUCAUUUACUUUGUGUAUUAAAACCAAAAAGCUUUUGUCUUUAAGAAAUAAAACCAUUUUUUUAAGCCCCAAAA